GCCGACUCUGUUUGUCUUACGCCCCCACCAUCGCACGCGUCGGCGAACGCGUCCUCCGUCGACCUCGGUCUCAAGACCCACGGGAACGACCACCUACAUACACGGAACGCUAGUUGUGGACUCAUGCAUGUCUCGGGCCGUUGUGGAAGUGCAGAUGAUACCCAGCCAUUCGCAGCCACCACCAUCGAAGCGCAAAGGAAUCGAUGAUAUGAAUCCGUUAGGGAACGCGUCCAAGAAGCAGAAGAAGGAGAAAUCCACAAACAAACGGAAACUCAAUGGCGAAGAGCAACCAGGCGGCCUGGUCAUUGUACGCGCACCCUCCGUACCCUCCGAGCCCUUGCAACGUCCACCCUCGCGUCAACCUUCAUCCCAAUCCCGCCCUGGCGAACCCUCCAAACCACCAUCGAAGAAGUUCCGUGCAGAUGGCACCACGACGGCCGCACGCCAGCUCGCGAAGAACAAAGACAGACAGGUCCAGUCUAACACACGCGCUGAUCCUGAGGUUGACGAGGACGUGCGGCAGAUGCAGUCCGAGGCGGACACCCUGCGGCGCAAGUCGCAUGCAGCGGAGCAGUCCAUGGGCACACUUAGUAUGCCGAAGACACCCAACCGACAGCAAGCGCCGUAUUCGGAGCGGAGGGGCCGCGACGAGCAGCAGCCAAUACCGGAGCAAGAAACACCACAGAUCGAGCGGAAUAGGUUCAUGCGUGAGGGUGGGUCGAACCACAGGCGGAAAAGCUCGUUGACACGCGGGAAGCGGAUCAGUUCAAGCUACGAGGCGACAGGUGUCAUAUCACAACCGCACACGUCCGUGUCUGGCUCGAGCUUCUACAAACACAUCGAUGGCGACCUACCAGAACCGGCACGGGCACGACAACUACUCAUCUGGUGUUCACAUCGAGCGAUGAACCAGUCGGAACAGCCCGACGCGUCGUCUUCGAAACGGCGAGAGCCGAAGAACUCUGGAAAGGACCCACCACCGUUGAGCGCGAACGACGCACAGUUCUUAAGCGGGCCGAAGAAGGAGAACGAGCAGAACGUCAAGAACCGGGCGCGUGAGAUCCGGUUCAAUGCCCACAACCAACGGAUGAAGGCGGAGGAAGAUGCGUGGAUAGAGGUCACCAACCACUAUAAUGCCUUUCGUAUGGAAGUUGCUGCCGAGUUGGACAAGGCUGCAUCGACCAAAGCUAAGGGCAAACAACGGGCUGUACCGGCAGAUGACUGGGAUAUCGAUCCUAGAGACCUACCAGAUCACUUCGGAGGGAAGGGUGGCGUAGAGCUCGCACGGAAGCUCGUCAGUGGAGAGUUCGCACAGCAAGACCCGUUGAGCAGACGGCUGGACAGUCUGGAAUACACGAUCGACCGGGUGCAUUCCCUCUCAAACUCCGCACUGGAAACCACGCGCAUAGCGGAAACAGAUCUAGAUCGUCGCUUCGCGAUGCUCAACAUCUCACUAGCCACUCGCUCUCAGCCCGCACCUACCUCAUUACCAUCCACGUCUGGUGCCGUGUCGUCCUACCUCCCACCCAGUCUCUCCCGACCACCACCCACAACCGACCCACAAGAAUUGCUACGCGCAUUGUCCCGAAUCGAUGCAGACCGUCCACAGAACCAAGUGGGCGACGCAGCGCGACGGGCUGUGAGGGAGGUACAGCGUGCCACCGAUGCGCCUGGCGGGAUGACAGAGAGACGACUCACUGCAGGCGUAGCACCUCCCACACCACGCAAACCGCCAGGUACGCCCGGUCGAUGAGCGUCGCCUGUGUCACCCAACAUCUCAACUUUUAUUCGUGGUCGGACUGCGUCGGUUACGUGUCGUCUUCACUUCCUGUCUCGGUUUGUCCUUAACCAUUCAUUGUUGUCCGCUGUGCUCCAUCUGUCGGCCCAUUUUGUCGUCGUUGCUCUCUGUACACCCUAAAGCCUCAAGCUAAAGCCUUAUACACCCGUCCCGCAGAGUGUGCGCCUCGGCUCGCUAGGACCUGAGGAGAGACGGUUAUGUAUUCCUAUUGAAUAUUCUUCUCUCUGCCUCCAUAACCUGGGCUGUUGCCCUGCACACCGCUAUCCUAGGUACCUUCGUAUUUCUUGGAGAUGUAACAAGCUUCGUAAUGUGUAGUUUUGAAGUGCAUUGCGAGCAGGAACGCAUGGCUGUGACACGGACGCGUCCAAGUCGCGCCUCCCUUCCGACACGC